AUGGGAUUUUUGAGUGGUGUGCUAAGUGCGGUGAAGGAUGAAAAUGAAGUGACAACUUAUGAUAAUGGCGCAAAAAACAUUAAAAAAAUAAUAGACACUCUAGAAAAAAAUUUAGGUAACGGUCCGCAAAAAUUUACUGACGCUCUUAGUGCGGUAAGUGACUGGUUGAAUGAUUACUUUACGCAGGUUGAAAAAUAUACUGUCAACGUUACUAGUGAACUACAAGUGUUAAAGGACGAUAAAGUGUCUGCACAUAUAAGAUCUGUAGCAGGUCAAGGAACUCAGAACCUUGAAACGCAGUUGAAGGCGUGGACAACCAGGUUACCUAUAAUUUUUGGUGAGGUCGACAAUAUUGAAACUCAACACGUGAUGAAGCUGGACAAUAGAUUGAAAACUGAAAUUAUGCAUGAAACUAGGCAUAUCAAGGAAGCCGUUAAGAUGCUUGGGGACUCCGCUGCGGAAAAGGAAUUUGGGAGUCAGGCCAAAUUGGUUGAUGAGACGUUAAUACAAGAGAGAAAAAAAUUAGACUCCGCGAUUGAAAAUGAACAUAAGAGAGUUCGUGAAAUUUUGCAAAAAGAAUUCGAUAAGCUGUGGAUGGAAGUGAAGAAUCUGAACAGAGCUAGAUCAACGCAUUUUCAAAACAUCAUUGAACGCUUGAAUGAAGCCGAAGCAUUUAUAAAUAAUGAUUUCGACUGGCAAUAUAGAAACCAAAUCGAAACCCUUUUUAAACAUUUGAAAGAUGAGAUGGUGUCAAUUGAUCGGACGAAUGAACCUGCAGGUGCCAAAGACAAGAAGUCCAACCUCAACGUGAAAUUCAGUGAGUUGAUAGACACCGUUAAGAUGGUAGGUGAUAAGAUUGGUACCGAAAAUACUGCGCUAGACAAAUGGAAACAUGCUGCAAUGGAUGCCAUUCUAAAAGCAGAUGUAAAGUGUGAGGAGAUUGUUAAGAAGUUGAAAGGGGAGGGGGACACCGGUAAAGAGGGAGAGAAGAGGGGAGUCACUGAUGCAGCACAAGAAUUACAAACAAAAGCCGAUGAUCCUCGAACAAAAGCGUACACUGCUAAACAAAAGGUUACUGGCAAAAGUAAAGAAGCGUUGAAGGCGGUUGGAACAAUGAAUGGAGACCCGAAGAAGGAUUUUUUUAAGUGA